AUGGCCAACUCAUACCCCUUCGUCGACACACUCUCAGAGGUGCGCCAGAACAAGAGAUUCGUCGAGGCUUUGGAGUAUGCAAACAGCAGAUCCGAGCAGACACUGGCAAGAAACUCUGGCACACCCCGAUGCGUCCACUUUGGCUAUCCAACCGAGAUGUACGAAGCCCUCGAGAGCGAGCUGCACAAGAACAAGCUGCUCAAGAAAACUCUCAAGGACAAGGACGAACUCAUCAACAAAAGACUGACCGAGACAAGAGAGCUCGAACAGCGAUUUGCAAAGGAGCAGCGUCAACAUCGAAUCCUGCGCAGGAGACAUGAGCAGGAGCGGAUGUACAACCGCUGCCUAACUGAGAAGGUCACGAAAGCACAUUUGAAAGUAUUGUCGAUGCAAGACCAGGCAAUCGAGGAGGUCAAAGAACUCAAGGUCGCAGUUGCCGAGGAGCUCUACAAACACACAGCUACCAUCAAAGACCUUGAGGGACAGAUCCGCCACUACAAGGCCACGCUGACCGAGGUGCACCGGAUCCACAAAGCCUCGCUGACUGAGAUGGAUCGCCAGCACAAAGCGGUUCUGACCGAGGUCGCAUCCCGCCUGCGCGAGUCCAAGCACAAGUCUUCCAACCAAGCUCCAGAAAGGCACAUGGAAGCUUCAUCUUCUCAGCCUCCCAACAGUCGCGGAGAACCUUCGAAAUGUUCAUACCGGGGAAUUUCGACAUCCCAGAACACACCUGCUGGGUCAGGUUUAAACACAGCCAAACCCAUCCGCAGUAUCCUAAAGAGGCCUAUGUCAGAUGAUCCAGCAAUCAUAACUAUCAUCAAGCGAAAAUGCACACGCGAGGUCUACUUGCUUGAAAGCGACUGCUAUCCAAAGCCCUCAAGUCCAAGAUUCAGAGAAUGCGUCGAGAAACAGCUGAAUCUUGAACAACUGGCCCUUGCACGAUUCUCAAAAUACAACACAUGGUGUGCCGAGCUCCCCGAUGAGAUCGACAGACCGGAGCAGGAUGUCCCUGAACAAGAUCUUUCAAGCUUGGAUUCUGAGUCCGAGAAGAGAAGACAAAAGAAGGAGGCGGAGCUGAGCGCGUUUGUACGGGAUCAUGUACGAAGAACUAUGACAAUGAAAAGGAAGCAGGGUGGAAGCAAGGUCUUCAUGGGAUUACAACGAAAGGAGUGGGAGCCUUGA